GCUGGAAGGUUUGAAUGUGGUGCACUUUAUAUUGUAUUCGUAUUUAUAUUUUAGUACAGUGAUCAGUUUCUAUAUUUAAUUUAGAAACAGUAGAUAUUGCAAAGCAAGCACUAAUUCAAUCUAUGACCCGUAUUUUUGGCAUUAUGAGCUAAAAGGCGUCGAGGCAAAUACAGCACCUGCCAUUUUCUCAGGAUCGUAAUUUGCACAAUACUCUACCUUUGACAUGCCAGCGACCUAUAAUGCCACCCAUAUCUUCAAAGACGAUGCCAUGAGAAUAUAAUUUAUAUCCCGAGAUACUACAAGGACGACUUGGGUCACGGGACUACUAUAUAUAUAAAUCUCGAGCCUUCACGCCCGAUAGGCCUCGAUUGCGCCUUUCACCGUUACUGCUACUCUGCAACCCUCGGAAUAUGGCCUCAAAUAACAAGGAUUCGUCAUCUCAGAAUGAGUCGAAUCACCGCCAGCAACACUUGACUCGGCCGAUAGCGCUGCCGUUGCGGCCGCUGCCGAGAUCAGGUAGGAGUCCAGGAACAGGAACUGCGCCUCGCGCGGAUGCCUCAACCGGGGAUUUGAGUGGCUCUCCCAUGAACUCGCUCCAGUUACAUGCUGGCAACUCACGGGAAGAAUAUGGGUCAUCACAGUACCUUCAGGCAGGAGACGUCGUGAUCAUUGCUGGCGUACCGCCAGGCUCCUUCAUUGGCUAUGACACAGUCGGCUUAAAUAUUGAAAAGAAUCACCACUUCGGAGGGGUUCGCGAAUUACCUCCUGGGCCACAUUUUGUCUAUGGCGGUUCCAUGUCUGAGAUAUCGACUCGGAAUGGGUUCUGGAUUAUCUCAAACCAAAGACAGCCUGGAGAACCGGGGGAGGUUUUCGUUAAGAAGUGGGAUAGAAACACAGAGACUCUGGAGGAUGAGGACAGUGCUGUUGAAACCAGGAGGCAAAAAGACAAUAUACAUUCAAGCUACGGCACAUUACUGCCAUACGAUGUACGAGCUGCCCAAACGCCGGAACUUUCAAAAUCGAGGGGAAAUCCAGCGGAAGCACAUGGUGAUGAUCCCAGGACCUGGCAAGAUCUUACAUUCGCGAUCAAAGGUCCUAUGCUCAGCAGGGUAAUCGGUGGCACCUGGAAUAACUGGAAAGUGACGUCCAUGGACGAACCCAAGUCGACGGAUACCAAACCAGCCGACAACCAACACCAAAUGGCAAUGGGCAUAGUUCCCGCUCCAAAUCCUGUCGAUGUUGCUAUUGCCGAGGAAAAGAAGCUCGGGUUUAUUUUCCCGGCUGGAUCUAAAACUUACUCGGAGACGGCGAUAGGUCGAGCUCGAAGUGAGCAAGCCAUGGAUAGUUCGUCGCAUGUGAGGGGUGUUAUAGCGGAGAGCUGUACUUCAGAUGGACCGAACGAUGUGCUUGGGGAGUUGCAGUUCUGCUAUUUGACCGGAGUCUUGCUUAGCAAUCUUUGUUGCAUGGAACAAUGGGGCCAUGUGGUCAAAAUACUCUUCAAGGCAUUCAGAUUCGCCGUGGAAGAGGCUCACUUCUUUGCUAAAGUUAUUGAAGUCUUCCACUCGCAGCUGGUCUAUGACGAUGAAUACCUCCAAGGCAGCAUAUUCGACCACAGCAACCACUUACAAGAUGAGUUGAAGGUAGAAUUGACAAUUUUCAAAUCACGACUUACUGAGCAGCUAUCUUCAAAACCUGACGGUUUGAGCAGGGAGGAGAACGAGUUAAAAGCGGCCUUUGGAAGACUGGAAUCUUGGCUGUCGAAAUGGGGCUGGGACCUGGGGGGUAACUAUCUUAGAGUUGGUAAGAUCCAGCUCGAGGAUGGUGAAUACGUGGAUGCAGAAAUGGAAGACCUGGAGGCCGAGGAUGAAAGGGGUGAAUAUGCGCCGGUUAUGGUUGAACUGGAUGAGGGCGGGAGGGAAAAGGGCACGAUUGGGUGGUAGUGAGGGCGAGAAGUAUUUCUCAUUGUGCCAUACUGUGCAGCAUCCACAUACAAAACACCACCCUUUGAAAGAAUAUCUUAUCUUACUUUGAGGAAUGCAAUACCCCGGUCCUGUCAUAUUUUGUAUGGACCAUACGAAAUCUCUAUCUCUACAUAUGAAUAUCAGACUUGCGUGAAUGUUGUCUCCAGUUCAGAGACAUUUCAUGGCGGGGUCCUUCCGUGGCGGGGUUGUGCCCAGGGGUCGAGCCGCAGGACAGCUGAAUGCAAUCAUUUUGAAUUCAAGGAGUCCCAAAAGAAACUACCAAUGGCCCCAUUAAGGUAUUAUUGAAACGGAUUAGGUUAGAGUUACAGCCACACAAGCAUCG